AUGAAUCACUAGGAUAAUGCAUUGAAGGGAGUUCUUAAAUAAUAAUUGAUUGUCGAUUCAGAAAGUGGACCCUAUAAAUCAAUUUAAGAAGCAAUCGAUAAGGCUGAGCCCAAUACUGUAAUAAAAAUAGCACCAGGACUUUAUUCUUCAAACAUAGUUAUAAAUAAGCCAGGCCUUCGUUUAGAGCCUAAAGAAAAGGUUGGAGAUAUAAUUUUGGUUGUCCCAUCGCAGCCUACUGUAUUAGUGGAUUUGGUAGGUGACCAAGUAUGCACAUUGAUUGGAUUAAAAAUUUCUCAUAGCGGUACAAGUGAAGAAGUAGAGGAAUUGGAAAAAUUGAUUGAAGGGUAGGAAAUUGCAAAGAAUUUAUUUGGAGGUCAUGAGGAUGGAGGACCCGGAAUGGAAUCAAAUCCAGAUGAAGAAUUUGUAAGUAAAGUGCCUAUAGAAACAAGUAUGAAUUGUGUUGUAUUACUUAAUGGUGGUAAGUUGAUUAUGGAAGAUUGUUUCAUAGCUUUAAAUUUUAUUGUUAAAUCUUUCAAAGGUAUAUUACCUGGAGUUGCAAUAAAUAAUGGAGCAGAAGCCACUUUGACUAGAUGCGAAAUAAAAGGAACUUCAUCCAAAAGUUAAGAUGCUAAAACUAUUGGUAUUUUAAUAAAGUUGGGAGAACUAUCAGUUAUAGAAAGCAAAGUGCACAAUCAUACUUACGGAGGGAUUCUGAUUCAGCAAUCACCCGGUAAUAAAACUAUUAAAAUUUUCAAAACUAAAGUAUUAUAAAAUAAGAAAGUUGGUAUUCAUGUGGUAGGUGCAGAUGCGGUUCCUUUAAUAGAGUAAUGUAAAAUUGAAAAUAAUGAAGGACCAGGCAUCAAAGUAGGAAUUGGCAAUAAAGCCAAGAUUUAUUAGAAUGAUAUUAAAUCCAAUGUUGUUGGAAUUGAGGUAAUGUCAGCAGAACCUUAGAUUUUUUGUAAUAAAAUUGAAAAGAAUUUUACUGAUGGAAUUUUGACAAAAAUAUUUGAACAAUUAAGGUGUGAUUGUAAAAUUAGAUCCAAUCAAACCAUUUCCGGAAACAAGGAAAAUGGGAUUCAUUGUACUGGUCUGAACAAUUAUACAAGGAUUGAAGACAAUAGCUUUAUAGGUUAUAACAAAAAGGCAGGAAUCAAAGCAGAUACAGAAUCACGCAUAACUAUAUUUAAGAAUAAAAUCUUAAGAAAUCUAGGCUAGGGAGUGUUGUUAGUUGAAACUUCAUCAGCUGUCAUAGAGAAAAAUGAAAUUACUGAGAAUAUUAAAGCGAAUAUAGCCUUGGGAGGAUCAAAUUCAGUAGAUACAUUUAUUGUUGAAAAUAAAAUUAUGGGUGGAAGAUGUGAAGGAAUAUUCUUAAUCGAAAGUGGUAAAUGUUACAUCUUUAGAAAUACUAUUGCUGAGAAUAAUGAUGGUAUUGUUUGUAUAACAGCAGUUCCCAAUAUCAGACAUAAUAAUAUAUAGAAGAAUAAAAGUAAUGGAAUCAUGAUACUGAAGGAUAGUCGACCUGAAAUUAUUAAAAAUAAUAUUAAUGAUAAUGAUGGAAUUGGAUUGUUUAUCAGAGACAAAAGUCAUGGAAAAAUCCUAAAGAAUGUGAUUAAAUCAAAUGAGAUUGAAUUAGUGGUUGAAAGGAGAAAUCCAUCUUUAGAAUCUAUUGUAUAAGAAAAUGAAAUAAGCGGUGAUAUUAGAAUACCUUAGACCUAUGAUUGCAUAUUAUAAUGA